AUGGACGGGUUACAGCUACGGCAGACCUCCAGCAGCCGGGGCCUCCUCAAGCUGCCUUGGAUGGAAGUGAAGUGGAUCCAUGUGAUGCUGAUCUUCUUUUUCCUGCUCUCUGUUGCCAUGACCGGCUGCUUCUUGUGGCAAUACAGUCUCCCCAAAGUGGAGCCGGGUCCAUCUGGAAUGGAGGGGAGGUCAGAAGCUGUGCAAAUGUGUCCCCGCUAUCCAGAACCAGUCCCGCUGGAUCACCCGAUCCCCAUCCUGAAGGAUGCACUGGAGAAGGUGGACACGCUGCUGCGCAACAAAAUCCAUAGCCCAGGCCUCUCCACCAUGUCUGCCAUCGUUAUCUACAAUGAUACUGUGCUCUGGACCGGUAACUUUGGGAAGAAAAAUGGCUCUAACCCCUUCUCGGCAAUGCCUAACGAGUAUACCAUUUACAGGAUUGCCAGCAUCUCCAAAGUCUUCCCCACGAUCAUGCUGUACCGACUGUGGGAAGAAGGAAAGGUAACGUCUUUGGAUGACCCUCUGGAGCGUUACGCUCAGGGCUUCGUUAUCAAAAAUCCCCUGGGGCGGCUAAGGGAAGCUGAGCAAAGAUACACGGCCGACGGGCUGGUCUUUCUGGAGAAGGGGUCGCUGCCUCUCAAGCCGUCACCCGUCACCCUGCGCAGAAUGGCCAGCCAGCUCUCAGGACUUCCUAGGAGGCUCCGGUCCACUAGCCUGCUGUUUAACGGAAGCACACAAGAAGCACUUGCUCUCCUGAAGGAUGAUGUUUUGGUGGCUGAUCCAGGAACCAGAUGCCAUUACAGUAAUCUGGCUUUCUCACUGAUGGCCCACGUGUUGGCUGAUCAUGCUGCUGCGGGGGAAUACCAGCGCUGGGUUUCGGAGAAUAUCUUGGAUCGCUUGGGCAUGGAGGACACUGGCUUUGACAUCACACCGCCCAUCCGUUCCCAAAUGGCAGUGGGCUUCUACAGCAGCGGGCAGCCAGCUCCCCUGUACGACCUGGGCUGGUACCGGCCCUCCGGCCAGAUGUACUCCACAGCCGCUGACCUGGCCAAGCUGGCGAUGGUUUUCCUAGGCACCUACCACCGACGCCUCUUAGAGCCUGAUACUGUGAAGACGAUGCUGACACCUCUCUUUAAAUGCUCGAGGGAAUACUUCGCCAACAAGACCGGCACCCCCUGGGAGAUCAAUGAGCAGCUGGGCUAUGAUGUCAUCCGAAAAGACGGUGACCUGGACGGCUAUUCGGCGACCUUUUCCCUCAUCCCCAAGCUCCGCUUAAGCUUCAUCGUUCUGAUGGCGGGGCCCAGGCCCCAGGGGGGGGAUAUCGUGACGCAGACGUACGAGACCCUUAUCCCCGCCAUGGAGACGGCCUUCCGGGAAGCAGAGAAGAGCCUGAACGCUCCCCCAAGCCCCGCUCCCUACGUGGGCUACUACACGUACUCCAACUUGACCUUUUACGAGAUCAAAGCUGGAUCUCACGGGGUGCUGGUCAUGCAGCAGUUUGGGCCCCACAUAGAAGAACUGAUCCCUGAAAACUACCGGACCAUCAAGCUUCACCACCUGGAGGACCGGGUCUUCCAGGUGGUCUUUGACAAGGAGUUCCCAUGCGUCCUGCGCCUGGGCUCUGCCUCUGUCUCUCUAGAGACCCAGGAUGGGCAGCUAUUUAAUUUCUACCCUUUCGACCGCAAGGGUUUGUCUCCUGGCUUUGAUGCUCCCGGGCUAAACACGUACAACGUGGUGCGCAUACACCGCAAGCCUGUCUUCUACAGCUAACUGAUGGGGGCUUCGGGUCAGUGUCUCCCCCACUCUCUUGUCCUCAUGGCUUUGGAGAGGCCGCAUUAAAGGGGAAGAUGAUAGCCACUAACCGUUUCAUACAACACUUUUUCUUUCCUGGACUGACUCCAGUGGCUCGUCUCCCCCGGUCCCGCGAGUCCAGCUGGGUGUUGGGGACGCACGCAAAAACGACGUUCUGGCCCGUGCUGGGCGGAUGCUAUAUGGACGCCAGUGAAGACCCUCCACCGCAGCAGAGCGGCUUUGACCACCAUCAGGGUGCUCGAGACUGGCCUCAGCGCAUCUCUGAGAACCUCUCUUCUGGUGUCCGGCAUUUUCGAUGCACCACCUUGCAUCAGACCCGCACCGUGGUCUUG